AUGUCAAGCCUUUCCCGUUAUUAUGCCGAUGAGAAGGCACCUUUCUCUCGUCUUGAAGCCAAACCUUUCUUUGAGACACUUGACUUGAAAGAAAAGAAAUAUGCUCAUUACAUGUCACGCGCUUCGUUUGAAGGCACGCGCAUCAUUAUUGCCCAAACCAACCCUGCUGCUAUUGCCAUUUACGACAUGAUCAUCAAGACCUUUUCAUUGCAAGAUGGUAGUAUGCGUGAUUCAGACACACUCUUCCAAGCCAGUGGCGUUUCCGCCGAGACGUAUGAACAAUUUCUUCAAUACGCAGCUCAAUUCUUGGGCAACUUGAGCAAUUACAAAUCCUUCGGUGACGAAAAGUUCAUUCCCCGUUUGAGUGCAGACGACUUUGAAAAGAUUGUGCGUGGAUCCGAAAGCGAGGAAGCGAUCGGCUUAUUCGAGCAAUGCAGAGAUGAAUUAUACAAUGUAGAGCCCACUGCGCAUAAUUUAAUUGGUUUCCCUCAAGACGGUCAUCUGUCUGGUUAUUAUUCACCCAAUAUCACCAAGGACGAUAUCUUGCUCAUUCAAGGUUUCUGCGAACAAGAAAAGAUUGAUCCUUUAAACACUCGAUUGUUCAAGGAUGAACAAAAUAAUUAUACAUUGACCGUGGCAGCCGCAGAGGAACAAGUACCCGCCAAGACCUAUACGUUAGAGAAUGGAUCCACUGUACAUGUCACUUUCACAGAUUUCCAAGCUUGCAUGAAAAAAGUAGCGCAAGCCAUCCAACAAGCCAUCCCCUAUGCUGCCAACCAAACACAGACUGACAUGUUAAAGGCCUAUCACACAUCUUUCCAGUCUGGAUCGAUUGAGGCGCACAUGGACUCUCAACGGUUUUGGUUAAAGGACCUGAGUCCUCAAGUAGAAACCAACAUUGGAUUUAUCGAGACUUAUCGUGAUCCUCAAGGUGUGCGUGCUGAAUGGGAAGGCUUUGUGGCCAUGAUCAAUAAAGAACAAACGUUAAAGUUCAAUCGAUUGGUGGAUAACGCCCCCUUAUUUGUGGCAAGAUUACCUUGGUCAGCCGAGUUUGAACGAGAGACCUUGAACAAGCCUGAUUUUGUAUCCUUGGAAGUGCUUUCUUUUGCCACUGCUGGUAUUCCCGCUGGUAUUAAUAUCCCCAACUAUUCCAACAUUACUCAGAUCUAUGGGUCUAAAAAUGUGUCCUUGGGCAACGUGAUCUCUGCACAAUCCCCCUCUGAGAAAUUCCCUUUCCUUCGUGAAGAAGAUUUACAGCUUUACAGAGAUUAUCGUAACUUGUCCUUUGAGGUUCAAGUAGGUACACAUGAGUUGGGUCAUGGUACAGGUAAAUUAUUUACAGAGGAUGAAGAAGGUCAGUUGAACUUUGAUGUGGAGAGUUUGGUGAACCCCUUGACACAAGAACCCAUCACUACUUGGUAUAAACCUGGACAAAACUUCAAUUCUAAAUUCAAGAGUAUUGCUUCCAGUUAUGAAGAAUGUCGUGCUGAAUGCAUUGCACUCUCUCUCUCUCCUCACGAGGAUAUCCUCAAGAUCUUUAAUUAUGAGGGACAAGAAGCUGAGGAUAUCUUGUACAUUAUGUAUUUGAACAUGGCAAGAGCUGGUCUCACCGCACUCGAGUUCUACAACCCCACGGCCAAGAAGUGGGGACAGGCACACAUGCAAGCACGCUAUGCUAUUAUGAACAUUAUGUUGAAGGCAGGAGAGGGCUUUUUAGAGUUCAAGCCUUGUGUGGUAGAUGAUAAAGAGAGUUUGGAGAUCCAUUUGGAUCGUAGUAAGAUUCGAUCUGUGGGAGCACCCGCCGUGUCUGAAUUCUUGACGAAAUUACAGAUUUACAAGGCCACAGCAGAUGAAGAGGGUGGAACCGAGCUUUAUUUGGAAACAACACGUGUGCCAGAUGAUUGGAAUACCAUUCGUGAUACCGUGAUUCAGUCCAAGCAACCUCGUAAAUCCUUUGUUCAGGGAAACACUUUUGUCGAAGGUGAGAAUGUGACAUUGAAAGAGUAUGAGGCAUCCACCGUAGGCCUCAUUCAAAGUUAUGUCGAACGUCGUGUUUAA